AUGGCGUUCACCGUCCACCCGCCGACGCACACGCGUUGGCUCUCCGACGCCGACAUCCACGCCUCCACCGACCUGACCGGCAAAACCGCGCUGGUCACCGGCGCCACGAGCGGCCUCGGGAGAAGCUGUGCCGCCGCGCUCGCCCGCAGGGGGGCGCGCGUGAUGCUCGGCGUGCGGAACGUGGAGGCGGGCGCGCGGAUCGCCGCCGCGAUCGAGGCCGAGACGGGAUGCGCCCCGGGCACCGUCACCGUGGGCCUACCCCUGGAUCUCGCCUCCAACGAGUCCGUCCGGUCCUUCGCGAAGGACGUCGUCGGCAAGUGCCCGCGGCUCGACCUCCUGGUGAACAACGCCGGGGUGAACUUCGUCCCGAAAGCCUUCACCCCGGAGGGCGUCGGCGUCAUCGCGCAGGUCAACUUCCUCGGCCCCGCCGCCCUGACGCGCGCGCUCGAGGCCCCGAUCCUCGCCGCCGCCGCCCACGCCGGCGUCGCCAACGUCGUCCACGUCUCCUCGGUCACGCACAGGUACGCAUCCAUCCCGAGCGUGGCACGAUUUCUGACCCAAUGGGACGCGGGAUCGUACGCCGCCACCAAGCUCGCCAACGUCCUCUUCGCGUACGAGUGCCACCGGCGGUGGGGCGCACAGGGCGUGCGGUCCGCCGCGGUGGACCCCGGGGCGAUAUACAGCAACCUGUGGGACAACGACCGCGUGUUCUCGUCGCCGCCGAUGCGAGCCAUCUUGGGGUUAACCUACGCUCCUCCGGAAGACGGGGUCGCCGCCGUGGUCACCGCGUCCCUGGCUCCGUUCCACGAGGCGACGAAACGCAAAGGAGGGCGGGACGGGGACGGGGACGGGGACGGGGACGGGGACGCGGCGACGCGCCUGAGGUUCUACGCCAGGGGUCUGUUCGCGUCGAGACUCGUCGCGGGAUGCGCGCCGGGUCUUCGAGACGAGUUAAACGACGGCGUCGCGCAAUCGGCGUCGUGGCACUUAAAUUACUACGCGUGGGGGAUCGCGACGCUGGCGGUGUCGAUGCUGGACUGGCCGGUGCGCGCGUGCAGUCGGGGCCGGUUCGCGGGAAGGACCGCGGAGGUGCGUUCCUCGCCGGCGUCGUACGACGAGGCAACCGCGUGUGAGCUGUGGGAAAAAGCCGGAGCAGCCGCGGGGCGGGUGGCGCGGGGCAAAGAGAUGCUCGUCGGAUGA